AUGGGUAGCGGCAUGCCAAUAGCAAACAUAAGCAAUAAGCUGACCACUCUUACUUCGCUCACAAUAAGGAAGAUAAGCGGACUUGUUUCUCUGCCAGAAGGGAUGCUAAAAAACAACAAGAAUCUUACAUACUUGGGGAUAGGAGAUUGUCAAGAGCUAACUCGUAUUGCUUCUCCUGAUGUAGUUUGCUCUUGCGCACUUCUUGAGUCAGUGCGUAUUUCCAAUUGUCCUAUUCUUGCUUAUUUGCCGGAUGGGCUACUCACAACAUCUCUUAAGAAACUGGUUGUACAAAAUUGCAAUGGUAUACAGUUGCUUCCAGUUACACAGGCCCUCCCAUCCCUCUGCAAAUUAGAGAUUACAGGCUGUCAGGAGUUGUCAAGUCUACCGAGUGGGUUAGAUUAUUAUAUCUCUCUUCAGGAGUUGGCAAUAUCAAAUUGUGAUAUGCUAACAUCCGUUUUGAUUCACAGCCCCCCAUCACUCCGGAAGUUGUCUAUAUUUUGUUGCAACAGGAAACCAGAGUCUGUUCCAAGUUUACUCGACUUCACAUGCCUUCGUGAAUUGAUAAUUGCAGAUUCCCCCGGAUUGACAAGUUUGCCAAUAAGGCUAGAAUCCUGUUCUUCUCUUGAGGUGUUGAAAAUAAGCAAGUUGCCGAAUGUAGAAUCUAUUCCAAGUUUAGACAACCUCACAAACCUCCAUGAAUUGAAGAUAUUUUGUUGCGAUGGAUUGAAAAGUCUACCCAAUGGGUUAGCAAUAACAUCCUGCCUCACCCACUUGAAGACAUUGGAAAUCGGUGGCUUUUGGAAGGAGCUUGAUUCAUUCCCUGCUUUUCAGGUUACAUCACAACUUGAAACAUUGAAGUUAUGGGGUUGGCCUAAGCUCAAGUCUCUGCCCGAACAAAUUCAACACUUGACUUCUCUAACAUGUCUCGAAGUGGAAUCUUUUGACGGAAUGGAGGCUCUUCCAGAGUGGUUGAGAAACCUUACAUCUCUUAAGUACUUGGAUAUACGUGGUUGCAAGAAUAUGAUGUAUCUACCUACACUAGAAGCUAUGCAAUGUCUCACCAAAUUAAAACGCAUAUUCAUUUUGGCUUGUCCCCUUCUAAAAGAGAGAUGCAACAAGGAGAACGGCUCAGAGUGGCCCAAGAUUUCUCAUAUUCCACUAAUAGAGGACAAGUGUUGGUGUGGAGAGUUGAUUGAAGAAAAGGUGUCCCUUCCCCACAGCCUACAGCCUACAGCCUACAGCCUACAGCUUAAUCUGUUUCAUUUUCUCUUAUCCAAUGAGAUUAGAUUGGCAUCUGAACAAGUAGAACCUGUUAAGGACCUCCACAAGUUGCACCAAUGGAUUGAAAAUCAAGGCUUGAUACAGACUGCAGGGACAAAUGCUCCAAGGCCAAAUGGUGGAGCUCUUGAAUUUUUUUGA